AUGCUUCCUAAUAAUGUUUAUGAUACGUCAAGUAAAGUAAUUGCGGUAGUUGCAUCGCCAUGGGUUGUUAUACUAAUUGCUUUGGUAUUCAUAUUUUCACUUUAUGUAUUUUAUUAUCGUCCAAGACUUUAUUAUCCAUAUCCGUCAUAUCCUUCAUCACCAGCUAUAUAUUUUCUGCCUCCUUGGAAAAGAAUUAGGGAUUUUAACCGAAAUCCUAUACAGUAUCUUCUAACUGCUGUUUCUAAAACAUCUCAUUUGGGUAUGAUUUGGAUUGAUGUUGUUAAACCAUAUACAUGCCUUUCAAUUAUUUUACCAUUGGAGUCUUGUGUAGGUAACCAAUUCCUAUUAACAGAUGAGUCUGUAUUAUCUUGGGAUGCUGCAUUACGUCAAAAUUGGCGUCAUAUAUUUAAAGAUUCUAAACAAAUGGGUAAAAUCGAUAAUUUUGGGCGCCGUUCACGUUUUUCUAAAGCAAGUAAUUUAUGUUUAGCACAUGCAUUUUCUCCUUCUCGUACAAAUAUUGGAGGACAUUAUUAUUCAUGUAUUGCAUCAGAGGCACUAGUUGCUUUAAGUCACAAUGCAUCAAAUUCUAUAGAUUUGAGGAGAUUUAUUGAUAGUAUUGUUAGUAGAGCUUUGCUUUCUAUUUUUUUUGGCUCUUAUGAAUCUGACUAUGAGCAUAUAUUACAGCUUAUUAACACUAUUCAUAAAUCUUUGGAAAAAUCUCACUCUUAUGAUUCUAAUGCUUUGAAAGCUAAGAAUGAGUUUAUAAAAGUUAUUUCAGACCUUUUGAUUAAACGGUCCGGUGAUUCUGAAACAUAUAUAAAUAGUUUUGAUUAUGUUCAAUGGUUAUUAACUCGUGGAUCAGAAAAUGAGUUAUCUAUUGAUUUUGCUAUGCUUCAUGAUAAUUUAUUUAAUUUUUCGAAUAAUCAUAGUAUUAUUAAUAUAGAAGAUCAAAAAAAAGAAUGUCUUUUUGAAAUCUUAAAAGUAGACAUACCUGUUCAUCUUCUGGUUUCAUUAUUAUCUACAUGGAUUAUAUGCACUAACACUAUUUUAUGGAUGAUUGUUAAUAGAUAUCGUAUUUCUGAAAAAGAAGCUCCUUUUGAUCCAAAUCCACUUUUUCUUGUGAGACGUGCACGAAAAGAUAUUUUAAUUGGUAAAUUUUUGGUUCCAAAAAAUACGUAUCUUUCUGUUUGUUCUUCUGUUAGUAAUUUGAGUAAUUUUUUUAUGAGUAAAUCAGUUUCUUCUCAGUUCUUUGUUAAUUCUGAAGUUAAUUUAAAACACCAGUCUUUAGAUAAAUUAGCAAUGAGGACUUCUAUGAAUCAUAGUCAAAGAAAUAUUUCGUUUUCUUUUCAAAAGAAUAAAGAUAGUAUAAUAGAAAGUUCUAAUUCUUCUACAAAUUGUCAUUACUCGCAAGAAACUAUUGUUUCUAAUUCGAUAUCAGAGAGCACUUUUUCAACUUCAGAUAUAGGAUAUAUUACGCCUUCACUGGAACACUUUCAAAACUUUAAUAAUGGGACUAAGGAUAGAAUAUACCCUCAUCAGCAUUUGAUUAGGCUUAUUAUUACUACAGUAUCGAAUCAUAUUGCAUCAGCUGUUGUUAUUAAUAAUAAAUUUGCUUUUGAAAAAUUAAGUGUAUUUUAUACUGCGAGACAUUUAUGGUUUCCUAUUCCAUCCCAACCUAUUUUUGUUUCUAUACUACCGGAUGCUUUUGUAAGAUCAAAUAUUGAUUAA